AUGAUGGAAAGAAUAAGAAAAGAGAUGAUUUUGAUGGAAAGGGGGCUGCACAGCCCCACGGCUGGCAAAAGGCUGGCGAACCUGACCGAGGCGGCUGGGAACGCGGUCCUGGAGGCCCUGGAAAACUCGCCCCACGGCGGCCGGCUCAGCCCGAGACUAACUUCCGCUUCUGUGCACAGCUCCAUCGGGGAUCACCCCGCCGCCAAAGGCAAAUUCGAGAUCGACGCUUUAUUCAGCCUUCAGCACCAGAACAGCGAAAGCGCCGGAGCUGCAGACCUGCCUCCCACCGAAAGCCGGAAGAAAAUGAGCCAUUACUCAGAAGUGGCGGCAGAGGUAGACAUGAACAGCGACGUGGAGGUAGGCUGCUCCGCGCUCCGCUCGCCCACCAGCCUGGCCUCCUCCCUGAAGGAAAGCAAUAACAAAGGCUAUUCGGAGAACAGUUCGACUCCCAGCACCACCAACUCUUCCUCAGGAUCCACACUGGGCAACUUGCACAGCGGAAGCAGCCUGAGCACUUCCAGCUCCGGGGCCGAUCAAGUGAGGAGAUACCGCACCGCUUUCACCCGGGAGCAAAUCGCCCGGUUGGAAAAGGAAUUCUACCGCGAGAACUAUGUUUCCCGGCCUAGACGGUGUGAGCUGGCCGCGGCGCUCAAUCUCCCCGAGACCACCAUAAAGGUGUGGUUCCAGAACCGGCGCAUGAAGGACAAGCGGCAGAGGCUGGCCAUGUCCUGGCCCCACCCGGCGGACCCCAGCUUCUACACCUACAUGAUGACCCACGCGGCAGCCACGGGGAGCCUGCCUUACCCUUUCCAUUCCCACGUGCCCCUCCACUACUACCCGCACGUCGGGGUGACGGCGGCGGCAGCGGCGGCGGCGGCGGCCUCCGGAGCGGCCGCUUCGCCCUUCGCCACCUCCAUCCGCCCGCUGGACACUUUCCGAGCCCUCUCGCACCCGUAUUCCCGGCCGGAGCUGCUGUGCAGCUUCAGGCACCCGGGCCUCUACCAGUCGCCCGCCGCCGCCGCCGCCGCGGGGCUCAACAGCAGCGCGGCGGCAUCCGCAGCGGCGGCGGCGGCAGCGGCGGCAGCGGCGGCGGCCGCCUCCUCGGCUCCUCCCACCGGCUCCGCCCCUUGCUCCUGCCUCAGUUGCCACAGCAGCCAAUCAGCGGCGGCGGCGGCGGCGGCGGCCGCUCUGGGCUCGCGCUCCUCCAGCUCGGAUUUCCCCUGCAGCGCGGCGGGAGCAGCGGCGGCCGCUUCGCAGCGCUCGGAGAGCAGCUUCCUGCCUUACUCGGCGGCCGUGCUCAGCAAGACCGCCGUCCCUUCCCCGGACCAGCGGGAGGAAGCUCCCUUGACCAGAUAA